AUGGCCUCUGUCGAACGACCAGUACCAAUAGUCGGAGAUUGGACUGUUGACAAUGUACCUAUUCAAAAUGAGAACCCAGUCACGAUGCAAGAUAGUCACGGUAUCAGGUACCAGUACCUUACCUUCGAAAGCGUCAUUCCCUUGGAAGAAUAUGCGUCCUCACAUCCAGACGCCACGCCCCCUCCAAAUCUUCGCAAGUUCGAGUCCCCAUUUGGUUGGGGCUCAAAACGCAAACUCACCGUUCUGAUCCUUUCGUGCUGCUGUACAUUUUGUGCCGCCUACAGCGCUGGUGCAUACUCGAUUGCCGCCGAGCCUCAGCGAGAGCGGUGGAAUUUGUCAGUGACGGCGUUUGCGACUGGCGUCACCGCCUGGGCUAUGGGAUUCGCUGUAUCUCCAAUGUUCCUCGCCCCCUUCUCCGAGAUCAAUGGUCGAAGACCUGUCUUCAUCGCAUCGGCCAUCAUGUUCCUCAUCGGCCAGGUGGCGUGUGCGGUCACCUCGUCAUUCGCCGUCAUGCUCGUGUUUCGCUUCUUUGUUGGAGCAGGUGCCAGCACCUUUGCAACCAUUAUUGGCGGUGUCAUCUCCGACAUGUAUCAUGCCGAAGACAGGAAUGCCCCAAUGGCCAUUUACAGUGCUUCAGCGUUGGCCGGGACCGGGUUUGGCCUUUUGGUGCCUGGUUUCAUCAUCGGCAGGGUCGACUAUCGAUGGGUUUACUACCAUCAGAUCAUCUAUCUGGGAUUCUUGCUUUUUGUUCUAUACUUUUUCUUUAGCGAAACUAGAGGAUCUGUCCUUCUCAGCCGGAAAGCAAAGUUGCUGAACCAGUACCUGGACGAGCUGGAAAAGCGGGAUUCCUCACCUCAAGAACCCAAACCUGACCCGGGCACCUCACGACUGGUCCGUUACAAGGUCGAAGCAGACGAGAAUCGAUCGUCGAUUGGGAGGAUGCUCUAUGUCUCUCUCACUCUCCCCUUCACCCUUCUUGCAACCGAGCCAGUGGUCUUCUUCUUUUCCCUUUGGGCCUCCUUUGCCUGGGCUGUCUUGUACAUGACCUUCUCCGUCAUCCCUCUGGUAUUCACUACCCGCCACAACUUCAAUACUCAGCAGAAUGGCGCGGUCUUCUCCGCGGUCUCCAUCGGCACCAUUCUUGCCGCUAUCUUGUCAAUCUACCAAGAAAAGCUCGCCAAGCGUCGCUGGCCCAAGUUAUCAGAAAGCCCUGAAGGACGGCUCUACUUUGCCUGUCUCGAAUCUGCACUAUUGCCCAUUGGAUUGUUUUGGUUUGGCUGGACCACUUCGUCGUCGAUCCACUGGAUCUCUCCCGUAUUGGCCAUCGGAUGUGCUCAGAUUGGCAUCUUCUCCAUCUACCUGGCUGUCUUCAACUAUCUUGCCGAUGUCUACCAUCGUUAUGCCUCUUCUGCCCUUGCGGCCCAGGGAUUCAUGCGCAACCUCAUGGCCGCAAUCUUUCCUCUUUUCACCAACCAGAUGUUUACAAAUUUAGGUUAUCCUCAAGCCAGUAGCUUGCUGGGAGGCAUUAGUGCUUUGUUGACCCUGGUUCCCUGGGUUCUACUUUUCAAUGGUGAGAAGAUUCGCGCGCGGAGCAAGAUUGCGAGGGAGAUUCUUUCGUCUCCAUCAAGGUCGUGA